AGCGUUUCGUUUCAAUUUCCGGGCUUUCCCCUUCCCCCACCUCUCUUCUUCGUCUGCUCCUCGUUUGCUCACUGGACCAGCGGGAUUGGUCGCUGUUCGAUGGAGGUCUGGCUGCGGCGUGGGGGGUUUCCGCCCGUUCGCUGGGUCUUGGAGGGUCCUGUCGCCGCCUACUGGUUCUGGUGGUCGGAUAGGUGAAGGAUCCGAAGGGGUUUGAGCUGAUCUGUGGUCGUUUGGCUGUCGGCUUGAUCCUAUCUUUGCUGAUCGCUCUGCAACAGCCAAGGCCCAUCUCCGCCUAGCCGGAACAUGUGCGGCGGCCCCGAACGCAUAAGGCCUUCUUCGUCGUCAACCUCGCAGGAAGAGAAGUUCAGCAGCAGCAGCAGCAGCAGAGGUGGCGGGUUUGCUGGAGAAGGAAUGAACCACCUCGUCGUGGAGACCGACGACUCGUCCUCGAGCCUUCUCGAGCUCGCGGCGAACAACGAUGUCGGCGCCUUCAGGCGAUCGCUCGACCGCGACCCCUCGGCCGUUGAUGACGUCGGCCUCUGGUACGGCCGCGAGAAGGGCUCCAACAGGAUGCUCCUCCAGCACCGCACUCCGCUUAUGGUCGCCGCGACUUAUGGCAGCCUCGAUGUCCUCGAACUUCUCCUCUCUUUGCCUUCUUCCGUCGAUGUCAGCCGAGCUGACGGGCAUGACAGAACCACGGCCUUGCACUGCGCUGCCUCAGGGGGUUCUCCCAACGCUGCUGAUGCUGUGAAGUUGCUACUUUCUGCCGGUGCCGACUCUAACUUGGUCGACGCUAGUGGCCACCGGCCUGCUGAUGUGGUUGUCGUGCCCCUAAAGGUGCCUGAUGUGAGGACUGUGCUGGAAGAACUUCUAGGGAGGAGCUCUAAUGGUACAUGCAGGGAUCACCAUCAUCGUGCUCUUCGCACGAUUACGAGGUUAUCGAAGACAGAUUCGCUGCCCCCGUCUUCCUCUCUUGACGAGGACGGAACACCAUCGUCGGACUCGGCUUCUUUCCCUGCGACAAUUGCCAAAGCCCCCGAACUCCAGCCACCUGCCGUGGUGACUGAGAAAAAAGAGUAUCCUGUGGACCCGUCGCUUCCAGACAUCAAGAGCAGCAUCUACGCAACUGAUGAGUUCCGAAUGUACUCGUUCAAAGUCCGACCAUGUUCGCGAGCCUACUCCCAUGACUGGACUGAGUGCCCUUUCGUUCAUCCCGGCGAGAAUGCCCGGCGGCGUGACCCAAGGAAGUAUCACUAUAGUUGUGUUCCGUGCCCUGAUUUCCGAAAGGGAACUUGCAGGAGGGGCGACAUGUGUGAGUAUGCGCAUGGGGUGUUUGAGUGUUGGCUUCACCCAGCGCAGUACCGCACUAGGCUUUGCAAGGAUGGGACUAACUGCUCUCGCCGUGUCUGUUUUUUUGCCCACACUCAUGAAGAGCUCCGCCCGCUGUACAUGUCCACUGGCUCUGCAGUGCCAUCGUCUUCUGCUGCUAUUGAGAUGGCUGCCGCUAUGGGCCUCGUGCCUGGGUCUCCAUCUUCCAUCUCCACUGUGAUGCAUCCUUUCACAUCACCAUUGUCCCCAUCUGGAAAUGGUAUCGGUCACUCUUCAUUGGCAUGGGCUCAGCCGAAUGUGCCUGUGCUUCAUCUUCCUGGGAUCAAUCUCAAGGGGAGCAGGUUACGCACAUCUCUCAGUGCGAGGGAGAUGCCUUUGGAUGAUUUUUCUGCGAUGCCUGAAUUUGAUGCUCAGCAGCUGCUAAAUGAUCCGUCCCACACUUGCCUGAGCCCAUCAAUGGGGAAUUUGAUGGCGCGACCAAAGAUCCUUGCUCCAUCAAAUCUUGAUGACCUUUUCUCAGCUGAGAUUGCCUCGUCUCCAAAGUAUAAUUCUGAUCAAGGUGCAAUUUUUUCUCCAUCCCACAAGGCUGCUAUUCACAGUCAAUUCCAGCCGCAGCAGCAGCAGCAAGGCUUGCUCUCACCAAUUAACACAGUUUUCUCACCCAAAGCCAUGGAAAACCAGCUGCUUCCGGGACGCCCUACCCUGCUGCAUGCCUCACUUGGUGUCUCUUCACCUGGCAUGAUGUCCCCUAGAAGCAUGGAGCCUGCUUCUCCCAAGAGCUCUCAUCUGGCUUUGCUUGGUCAGCAGGAGAAGCAACAGCAGACACUUCGGAGCCUGAGCUCUCGUGAUCUUGGUUCUGGAACAUCCCUGGUUUUUGGUUCUUCUGGUAACUCUUCAUGGUCAAAGUGGGCUUCACCUUCUGGGAUUCUUGACUUGGGAGUGAAUGGUGAAGAGCUUGGCCGUCUCAAUCGAUCAUCUUCCUUUGAGCUGCAGGCUAAUGGCGAGGAGCCUGAUCUCUCAUGGGUCCACUCUUUAGUGAGAGAAUCGCCAUCUGAGGAAGUGGGCACUGCUUCAGUUGCUCCAGCUUGGCCUUCCGGCUUGGGUCCUGCUGCUGAUGGAGUUGAGGACUCCAAUCAUUGCCGCUGUCUUCGGUGGCAGCUGUUUCGCUGUACGCCAGAGUGGAGAGCAGCAAGUGGUCGAGCGAUGGAAGCUGCGCCAGGUGAAUCCGAUAAGGGAAGGGCGGGUUCUGCGGAUGUUUCGAGCAUGACGAGUUCGGGGGGUGAACGAAGAGAGAAGCCGAGGAAGACUGGCUUCUAUAUCUUCUUCUUGGACAUCAGGCGAGUGUUCAGGCUGGACGAGCUGGGGCAGGAGAUUCUGAGGAUUGCAGUGCCUGCAGCACUGGCUUUAGCUGCUGAUCCACUUGCUUCUCUGGUUGACACUGCAUUCAUCGGCAGACUAGGCUCGGUGGAGAUCGCUGCCGUAGGCGUUUCUAUUGCCAUUUUCAACCAAGUUUCAAAGAUAUGUAUUUACCCUCUUGUUAGCGUCACAACAUCCUUUGUGGCAGAGGAAGAUGCAAUCAUGAGCACAUGUGUUGAAGAAGUGAAAGGUGAAGACUUGGAAAAGGCAUGUCCUGCAAAUGCUGAAACAGAAGAGCUCCCUCCUUGCGAUGAUUCUGAGAAGAUAGGGUGCACUGCAUCUUUUGUUCCGAAAUUUUGUGGAGGAUUUGGCGGCAACCGCAGAUACAUUCCUUCGGUUUCUUCAGCCCUGAUCGUUGGUGGAGUGGUUGGACUUCUUCAGGCUGUUUUCCUUAUUUUUGCAGCAAAAUUCGUGUUGAGAAUUAUGGGUGUGAAUUCUGAAUCACCUAUGCUUGCCCCAGCAUUGAGGUAUUUGACAUUAAGAUCUCUUGGUGCACCUGCUGUUCUCUUGUCAUUAGCAAUGCAAGGGGUUUUUCGAGGAUUUAAGGACACUAAAACUCCUUUGUAUGCAACUGUUGUCGGAGAUGUCAGCAACAUCAUUUUGGACCCAGUCUUGAUGUUUGUUUUCCAUAUGGGUGUCAGUGGUGCAGCUAUUGCCCAUGUUAUUUCUCAGUACCUCAUAACACUGAUACUACUAUGUAGACUAGUGCUGAAAGUUGAUAUCGUGCCGCCUAGUAUAAAAGCCCUGAAAUUUAGACGAUUUCUGAGAUGUGGAUUUCUGCUGUUGGCACGGGUGAUAGCCGUAACAUUUUGUGUCACACUAGCAGCAUCAUUGGCUGCACGCCAUGGACCGACUUCUAUGGCAGCUUUCCAGGUCUGCUUGCAACUUUGGUUGGCAACAUCUCUUCUUGCUGAUGGAUUAGCUGUCGCAGGGCAGGCAAUACUUGCCACAUCAUUUGCCAAAGGAGAUCAUGACAAGGUUGUCGUUGCUACAGCUCGCGUCUUGCAGUAUAGCAUUCUAUUGGGGAUUGGUCUCACGGUUACGCUUGGAGUAGGAGUUCAAUUUGGAUCUGGUAUAUUCACCAAGGACAUGAAUGUGCAGAGAAUAAUCCACAAAGGCCUCCCAUUUGUUGCCGGAACGCAGACAAUCAAUUCCUUGGCCUUUGUAUUUGAUGGAAUCAACUUUGGAGCAUCUGAUUACACAUAUUCUGCAUAUUCUAUGGUUGUAGUGGCUUCUAUUAGCAUUCCCUGCCUUAUAUACCUCUCCUCAACUCAUGGAUUCAUUGGAAUCUGGAUUGCACUAACAAUCUACAUGAGCAUAAGGACAUUUGCCAGUGUUUGGAGGAUGGGAGCAGCAAGGGGGCCAUGGACUUUCCUAUGGAAAUGAUACAUGUCCUAUCUCAACAGGAUCUACUUUUUGUUUGAAGAAGGCAGCUAUAUACAUAUGUAUAGAAUAAAAAGAUUUAGUGAGCAUGUCCCCCUUCUUUUCUCUCUUUUUUUUCUUGAUCCUUGUAGGUUUUGGUGAUCCCCUCAACCAUCUUAAAGACAAAAGAAAAAGGAAGAAAAAAGAGAUCAACAACAUCAUAGCCAUGCUCAUUUGUUACUUGAGCUCAAAGAGUAGCAGCAUAACCUAAUGAAAUCUUCUACUUAUCUUGGCGAAUAAAACACCUUUGUGCUUGUCUUGUAAGAGUGACAUUGUAGCUGCAUAUGAUUGGGUGUUGCAUUCA